AUGACUGAUCCUAUGAUGGAUUUUUUUGAUGAUGCCAAUCUUUUUAGUGAGACCUUAGAAGGUUUGUCAGAUGAUGCCUUUGUUCAAUCUGGACCUGUUUCACUUGUUGAUGAAUUGAAUUUGGGUGCAGAAUUUGAACCUUUGCACAUAGACUCACUGAACCAUGUGCAGGAUGCUCAAAAUCAGCAAAAGAUGAGUGAGUUUGAUCAGCUGAAUCAGUAUGAUACACUGAAACUUCACUCAGUAAAUCAGUCUUUUAGUAGCUCAGCUGACAACGUCUUAUCGCCACACUCUCAAUUCAAUUGCUCACCAGUUCAUCCGCAAAACCAGUCUAAUGGAAUGUUCCCAGAUGUGGCUGAUGGUAGUCCUAUGUGGGGUCAUCAAACUGCCACAACUGUUACAAAUCAAAAUGGGUCCCCCUUUCACCAAGGACAUUCUCAGUCUAUGCAGCAAAACAAAAGCUUUGUAGCACACCAUGACUUUGCCUUAUUUCAGGCUAAUGAACCGCAGCAUCAGUGUGCCUCACUACAGUCGCAACAAAGCAGAAACAACACGGGGCAAGAUGCUCUGAGUCAGCCAAAAGACUUCAUGGAAGUUAACGUAUCUACUUCUCUCAGAGUCAGUGUUAACCACCCACCUUCAGUUUCUAAUCCAUCAACUUCACAGCAGCCUCUGUCUGUUCAACAGUUUUCGCAAACUGCAAGUGCUUCAAUACAUUUUUGUGGGAAUCAAGAAGGAAAUUUUGAUGGACAGUCUCCAACUAUUACUCCCUGUUCUGUCAAUAGUAGCCAACAAUUUUCGUCUCCUUAUCCUUACUCUAGUAACCACAUUUCUCCUACCAGCCUUCUUCAGUCUACAACAGCUCUUUCUACUAGCCAGCAGACACACUCUAUCUCUGACUUCGCUGGAAGCGAUGCCUUUACAUCUCAAACAGAGACCAAGCAAGAAACAGCUGAGCACAUGUUGAAUCCUAAUACACCUUUAAAUUCAAAUAGUUUUCACAUGUUGCAUUCUGCACAUCCUCAGGGCAACUUUAGUAAUUCAAAACUCUCGCCUGUGAAUAUUAAUUUUCCAGCUUCUACUGGUUCUGCUUCUCAGAUAAGCCAUUUCAGUGACCCUAUUGAAAGCAACGGUUUUACGUCUUUAGAUGAGAACUUACUUCAUCAAGUUGAGAGUCACAAUGAACCAUUUACAGGACUUGACCCAGAUGACCUUCUUCAGGAAGACCUUCUGCCACAGUUUGACGAUUCUCCAUUUGUUCAGGAUAGCACAAGCCAUGUUUUAGAGCACGAUCUAGAACAACAUAUAACCACACAGCAAGUAACACAGUCAUCUGAUAUUGUUCGGGCACAGUCUCAAAGUCAGAUCCAUCCUUGGCAUUCAUCAGUUUCUAAUCAGCGUAUGCAAGACAGAAGUCGUGCAACCUCACAGGGACAGCCUCCUUCUAAGAAGACUGAUGGUUCAGGAUCAUAUAGUAAACUGCAGAAUACCCAGGUGAGAGCAAUGUCUGAAAAGAAGCAGAAGAAAAAGGCAGACUUGGAAAGUAAACAAGAGAAGGCAAAUCGCAUAAUAUCUGAAGCGAUUGCAAAAGCGAAAGAGAGAGGAGAGAGAAACAUUCCCCGAGUAAUGAGUCCUGAAAACUUUCCCAGUGUUUCAGCUGAAGGAAAAGAGGAAAAGAAGGGUAGAAAAGUUAAAACCAAACCAAAGGACAAGGAGAGCAAAAAACCGAAAACUGGUUCCUCAUCCAAAAUUAAAGAGAAAACAAAAAUUGGAAAGCUAAUCAUCACGCUGGGUAAGAAGCAGAAAAGAAAAAAUGAAUCUUCAGAUGAAUUGUCUGAUGCUAAGCAAACUCCACAGCGGCCACUGAAAGAUGAAGACUCACAGAAGAGAAGAUCGAAUCGUCAAGUUAAAAGGAGAAAAUAUGCUGAAGAAGGAGAAGGAAAACAAUCAGAGGAAGAAGCUAAAGUUUCUGUGAAAAUCAAGAAGAAUUCUGCUCCUUUACCUGCUGAACAGCCUUUACAGUUAUUUGUGGAAAAUCCAAGCGAAGAAGAUGCAGCAAUUGUAGACAAAAUCUUAUCCUCCAGGAUAAUAAAAAAAGAAAUAUCUGCUGGAAUGACAGUAGAAAUAGAAGAGUUCUUUGUAAAAUACAAGAACUACUCUUAUCUCCACUGUGAGUGGGCCACAGAACAACAGCUUUUAAAGGAUAAAAGAAUUCAGCAGAAAAUAAAACGAUUCAAACUAAGGCAAGCACAAAGAGCUCACUUUUUUGCAGAUAUGGAAGAAGAACCUUUUAAUCCUGACUAUGUGGAAGUAGACCGGGUAUUAGAAGUAUCUCUUUGUGAAGAUAAGGACACUGGUGAGCCUGUUAUUUACUAUUUAGUAAAAUGGUGUUCGUUGCCGUAUGAAGACAGUACGUGGGAGCUGAAAGAAGAUGUAGAUCAAGCAAAAAUAGAAGAAUUUGAACAAUUGCAAGCAUCCAGGCCUGACUCAAGGAGAUUGGACCGACCACCUCCAAACUCCUGGAAGAAGAUAGAACAGUCCAGGGAAUAUAAAAAUGGCAAUCAGCUCAGGGAAUAUCAACUGGAAGGACUUAACUGGCUUCUGUUCAACUGGUACAAUAGACGAAAUUGCAUUUUAGCAGAUGAAAUGGGUCUUGGCAAAACCAUUCAGUCAAUUACAUUCCUCUAUGAAAUCCUCCUGGCUGGUAUAAGAGGGCCUUUUCUGAUCAUAGCUCCGCUUUCCACUAUAACCAACUGGGAAAGAGAAUUUCGCACGUGGACUGACCUUAAUGUUGUAGUGUAUCAUGGAAGCAUGAUCAGCAGGCAGAUGAUUCAGCAGUAUGAAAUGUACUUCAGGGACUCCCAGGGACGCAUCAUUCGAGGUACCUACAGAUUCCAAGCCAUUAUCACAACUUUUGAAAUGAUCCUUGGUGGGUGUCCAGAGUUAAAUGCAAUUGAAUGGCGAUGUGUUAUUAUUGAUGAAGCUCACAGACUGAAGAACAAAAAUUGCAAACUCUUGGAAGGCCUGAAAUUAAUGAACCUUGAGCAUAAAGUGUUGUUAACGGGUACCCCACUGCAGAACACCGUAGAAGAAUUAUUUAGCCUGCUUCAUUUUCUGGAACCAUUGCGUUUCCCUGCUGAAUCAACAUUCAUGCAAGAAUUCGGAGACCUUAAAACAGAGGAACAGGUUCAGAAACUACAAGCUAUCCUGAAACCCAUGAUGCUCAGGAGAUUAAAGGAAGAUGUGGAAAAAAAGCUGGCUCCUAAGGAGGAAACUAUAAUUGAAGUAGAACUAACUAAUAUUCAGAAAAAAUAUUAUCGAGCAAUUUUGGAGAAAAAUUUUGCUUUUUUAUCCAAAGGAGCCGGGCAAGCUAACGUACCCAAUCUGGUUAACACUAUGAUGGAACUGAGAAAGUGCUGUAACCACCCUUACCUCAUCAAAGGUGCUGAAGAGAAAAUCUUGGGAGAAUUUAAAGAAACAUAUAGCCCCACUGCUCCUGACUUCCAUCUGCAAGCAAUGAUCCAGUCUGCUGGUAAAUUGGUUCUUAUAGAUAAACUUCUUCCAAAAAUGAAAGCAGGAGGCCACAAGGUCCUUAUCUUCUCUCAAAUGGUGCGUUGUCUUGAUAUUUUGGAGGAUUAUCUUAUACAUAAGAGGUACUUAUAUGAACGAAUUGAUGGGCGAGUACGAGGGAAUCUCAGACAAGCUGCCAUUGACCGGUUCAGCAAACCGGAUUCUGAUCGCUUUGUCUUCCUUCUGUGCACCAGAGCUGGUGGCUUGGGCAUUAAUUUGACUGCAGCAGAUACUUGUAUAAUUUUCGAUUCUGAUUGGAAUCCUCAAAAUGAUCUGCAGGCUCAAGCCCGUUGUCACAGGAUUGGUCAGAACAAAGCAGUGAAGGUCUACAGGCUGAUAACACGUAACUCCUAUGAAAGAGAGAUGUUUGACAGAGCAAGUCUGAAACUGGGACUGGACAAGGCUGUCUUGCAGAGUAUGAGUGGAAGAGAAAACAGUGUUGGUGGUAUUCAACAACUCUCCAAAAAAGAAAUAGAAGACUUACUUCGGAGGGGUGCAUAUGGUGCCAUUAUGGAUGAAGAGGAUGAAGGCUCUAAAUUCUGUGAGGAAGACAUUGACCAGAUUUUGCAGCGCCGUACUAAAACUAUCACAAUUGAAUCAGAAGGCAGGGGCUCCACAUUUGCCAAGGCUAGUUUUGUUGCAUCUGGAAACAGGACUGAUAUUUCACUAGAUGAUCCCAACUUCUGGCAAAAAUGGGCCAAAAAAGCAGAAAUAGAUAUAGAUGCUAUCAGUGGUAGAAACAGCCUGGUUAUUGAUACUCCAAGAAUUAGGAAACAAACACGGCCCUUUAGUGCUACGAAAGAUGAGCUGGCUGAGUUGUCUGAAGUGGAGAGUGAGGGCGAUGAGAAACCAAAACUCCGCAGGCCCUGUGACCGUUCCAACGGAUAUGGAAGGACAGAGUGCUUUCGGGUGGAAAAAAACUUGCUGGUCUAUGGGUGGGGUCGAUGGAGAGAGAUUUUGUCACAUGGUCGCUUCAAGAGGCAGCUGAAUGAACAAGAUGUGGAGAUCAUUUGCCGAGCUCUGUUAGCCUAUUGUCUUGUUCACUACAGAGGAGAUGAGAAAAUAAAGAGUUUUAUAUGGGAUCUCAUUACCCCAACAGAAGAUGGGCAAACACGAGAGUUACAGAAUCACCUUGGCUUAUCAGCCCCUGUGCCUAGAGGAAGAAAAGGGAAAAAAGUGAAGACCCAGGCUAGCACCUUUGAUAUACACAAAGCAGAAUGGCUUCGAAAAUACAAUCCAGAACAUCUGCUGCAAGAUGAAGGAUACAAAAAGCACAUAAAACACCAUUGCAACAAGGUCUUGCUUCGAGUAAGAAUGCUGUAUUACUUAAAACAAGAAGUCAUUGGGAAUGAAUUCCAAAAGGUUUUUAAUGGAAUUGAUGCCAGUGAAAUUGAUGUUUGGGUCCCUGAGCCAGAUCACUCUGAAGUUCCUGCUGAGUGGUGGGAUGUGGAUGCAGAUAAGUCCCUUCUAAUUGGGGUUUUUAAACAUGGUUAUGAAAAAUACAACACUAUCAGAGCAGACCCAGCGCUGUGCUUCUUGGAAAGGGUUGGCAAGCCAGAUGACAAAGCAGUUGCUGCUGAACAGAGAGCAAAUGAUUAUAUGGACGGGGAUGUGGAAGAUCCAGAAUAUAAACCAGCACCAGCAAUGUUUAAAGAUGACAUAGAGGAUGAUGCUUCAUCCCCAGGUGAUCUAGUAAUAGCAGAUGGAGAUGGACAAACGAUGGAAGGAGACAAAAUCUACUGGCCCACUCAGUCUGCCUUAACAACACGCCUUCGUCGCCUCAUAACUGCUUAUCAGCGGACAAGUAAAAAUAGGCAGGCCCAGCAGAUCCAGCCAGCGUUCCCAAUACAAACCAACAUGAUGCAGCCUCCAUAUGAAGAAGCUGCUCUAAAUCCCAAGAUGGCUGCUAAGAUUGAAAGACAGCAAAGAUGGACAAGAAGGGAAGAAGCUGACUUCUACAGAGUUGUGUCCACAUUUGGAGUGGUGUUUGAUCCUGAAAGGGGACGAUUUGAUUGGACCAAAUUUAGAGCAAUGGCUAGGCUGCAUAAGAAAACGGAUGAGAGCUUAGAGAAAUACUUGUAUGCAUUUAUGUCAAUGUGCCGGAGAGUCUGUCGUCUCCCCUCAAAAGAAGAACUCGUAGACCCAAACAUUUUUAUCCAGCCUAUAACAGAGGAGCGUGCUUCUCGGACUCUGUAUCGCAUUGAGCUCUUAAGGAAAGUACGAGAACAGGCUCUGAGACACUCGCAGCUCUUCGAUCGACUAAAGCUGUGCCAGCCAAACCCGGACUUGCCUGUUUGGUGGGAGUGUGGGACUCAUGACAGGGAUUUACUUAUUGGAGCUGCUAAACAUGGAGUUAGCAGGACAGAUUAUCAUAUUCUUCGUGAUCCUGAACUCUCAUUUAUGUCUGCCCAGAGGAAUUAUAAUCAAAACAAAGUGGCACUCUCAAGGACUUCUACUCCACUCUUGCAUCAGUACCAGAUGGCAUUAUCUGCUUCUCCUCUUACACCUCAAUCAAGAUUAUCAGAUGCUAAAGUGAAUGCAUUUGAGGACACAAAAGCUAAAAAUGAACAUCUGAAAGAGGACCCUCAGUCUUCUGAGGAGGAGUCUAUGUCUACAGAGGAGGCACAGACAAUAAUGAAAUCUGAACCUCUGAGCCCAAAAAAUGGCCCAAUGCAAAAUACAGAUCACAAACCUAGUGCGAAGACUGAAACAGACAGGCGCAUGGUGGCGGCAAGGACAGAGCCUCUAACUGCAAACCCAGCUUCAAAAAAACAGAGAGUCAGUAAAAGAGGAUCUGACUCUAGCUCUGACUCAGACUCUGACUCAGAUAGAUCAUCCUGUUCUUCCAGGUCAUCUUCUUCAUCCUCUUCGUCUUCCUCGUCUUGUUCCCGCUCUCGAUCAGGCUCUAGUUCUUCAUCAUCUUCAUCUUGUUCUUCAGCAUCUUCAUCCUCAUCCUCGUCUUCCUCCUCCUCAUCGUCAUCAUCAUCAUCGUCGUCUGAAGAGAGUGAUAGUGAUGAAGAGGAGGCACAGAAACGUGCAGAAGGAACGCCACUUAUAAAAGCAUAUGAUGAAGAGAGUGUAGCUUCUCUGAGUACUACACAAGAUGAGACACAAGACAGUUUCCAGAUGAACAAUGGGACACCAAAUUCCAGUUAUCUCCUGCAAGGUGGAUACAUGCUGGCUGCAUCCUAUUGGCCAAAGGAUCGAGUUAUGAUUAAUCGACUUGACAGUAUUUGUCAAACAGUGUUGAAAGGAAAAUGGCCUUCAGCAAGAAGGAACUAUGACAGCAACACAGUGGCAUCUUUCUACACAACCAAGCUUCUGGAUAGCCCGGGUGCUGCUGCAGAUUACAGUGAGCCCAGUGCACCAACACCCCCUCUUGCAGGUGUUAAAGAAGAAUAUGACCAGUCACCACAGAUGUCAAAGGUGAAGAAGCAUGUACGAGAAAAGGAGUUUACAGUGAAAAUCAAUGACGAAGGUGGUUUGAAAUUGACUUUUCAGAAGCAGGGGCUGUCUCAGAAAAGGCCAUUUGAAAGCGAGGAAGGUGUAUUGGGACAGCAGCAAUACCUGGCUCGGCUACGUGAACUCCAGAAUGCUUCAGAAACCAGCCUUGUUAAUUUCCCAAAAUCACUUCCCAAAUCAGGUACUUCCAGUCACUUAACAGCCAGUGCCAAUGGAGUCAUAGUUGACAGUCAGCCUGUAGUCAAAAAGAGAAGAGGAAGAAGGAAGAAUGUGGAGGGAGUUGAUGUCCUCUUUAUAAACAGAAACAAACAACCUAAUCAUGUUAAUCCAGGUAUUAACUCCUGUCAAGCUGCUGCAGGAAUAAACCCAGCACUCGCUUACACACAGUCCCAAGGUGUGCUAGAUGCAGAGAGUCCAGUUCCUGUUAUUAACCUAAAAGAUGGAACAAGGCUUGCAGGUGAUGAUGCUCCUAAAAGAAAAGAUUUAGAAAGGUGGCUUAAAGAACAUCCUGGGUAUGUUGAAGAUUCAGGAGCUUGUAUUCCUAGGAUGCAGCUGCAUGAUGGGAGACCCAAACAAAAAAGACACCGUUGUCGAAACCCUAAUAAACUGGAUGUUAAUAGCUUGACUGGUGAAGAGCGUGUCCAACUCAUAAAUAGAAGAAAUGCAAGAAAGGUGGGGGGUGCAUUUGCUCCCCCUUUGAAGGACUUGUGCAGGUUCUUGAAAGAAAAUCCAGAGUAUGGAGUGGCUCCUGAAUGGGGAGAAGUCGUAAAACAGUCUGGAUUUCUUCCAGAGGGUAUGUUUGACCGUAUUCUCACUGGACCUGUUGUGCGGGAGGAAGUAAGCCGGAGAGGAAGGCGCCCCAAAAGUGAGAUUGCCAAGGCAACAGCGGCUGCAGCAGCAGCCACGGCUGCCAGCGUGUCAGUUAACCCUCUGCUAGCUAACGGCCUGCUGCCAGGAGUGGAUCUGCCGAGUCUUCAGGCCUUGCAACAAAACCUGCAAAACCUGCAGUCGCUGCAUGUAACAGCAGGGUUAAUGGGAAUGCCAGCUGGCCUAACUACUGGAGGAGAAGCUAAGAACAUGGCUGCCAUGUUCCCCAUGCUGCUGUCAGGGAUGGCUGGAUUACCAAACUUGCUGGGCAUGGGAGGACUUCUGACAAAGUCUACAGAAUCUAUUUCAGAGGAAAAAAAGGGAAGUGAUUCCAAGGAGGCAGAUGCAAAGAAAGAAAGGACAGAAGACCAAAAUACGGAUACUGGUGGUGAAAACUCUGUUUCAAGUUCUCCUUCAACAUCCUCUGCUGCUGUAGCUGCCAAUCCUCUCUCUCUUAACCCAUUACUUUUGUCCAACAUACUUUACCCAGGGAUGCUUCUCACUCCAGGCCUUAAUCUUCAUAUCCCAGCUUUGUCUCAGUCUAAUAUUUUUGAUGUACAGAACAGUGAAAACAAUGACACAGGCUCAGCUAAGCCCACAGAAGAAAAGGAGGAAAUUUCUAGGGUUAGAGAUCAGGAAGACAAAGGGGGAACAGAGCCAAGCUCUCACAAUGAAAACAGCACAGAUGAGGGUUCAGAGAAAGCAGAUGCUUCAUCUGGAUCUGAUAGUACAUCGUCUUCAUCUGAGGAUUCAGAUUCUAGUGAUGAAGACUGACCC